AUGUGCCGUUGCCUCGACCCCUCGGCCAUAUCUCGAAUCAUACAGAGCUUACAACACCUGCACGAUGAGCUCCGCCGCUACAAGGCCCGGCCCGUCGUCCACCCCACCCUCGAGUCGCUGAAGCCCUCAAAGGGCCUCUUUUCCUUCUUCGGGGGCGGCAAGCCAAAAGCCGCCGCCCUGCAGGAGAUACCGGCCGACCUGCCCCGAGGCCUGUACCUGUUCGGCGACGUGGGCAGCGGCAAGACCAUGCUGAUGGAUCUGUUCUACGACACCCUGCCGAGCGCCGUCCGCUCCAAGACGAGGAUACACUACCACAACUUCAUGCAGGACGUGCAUCGCCGGUUGCACCGCAUGAAGAUGGAGCACGGCAACGACAUAGAUGCCGUGCCCUUUGUUGCUGCAGACAUCGCCGAGCACGGCAACGUCCUGUGCUUUGACGAGUUCCAGGUCACCGAUGUGGCCGACGCCAUGAUCCUGCGAAGGCUUCUGGAGGCCCUCAUGUCACACGGUGUGGUACUCGUCACGACCUCCAACAGGCACCCCGACGAGCUGUACAAGAACGGCAUCCAGCGCGAGUCCUUCGUGCCCGCGAUCCACCUCCUCAAGAGCAGGCUGCACGUCAUAAACCUCGACUCGCCAACAGACUACCGCAAGAUCCCCCGCCCGCCGUCGGGGGUGUACCACACGCCCCUCGACGCCCACGCCGCGGACCACGCCGAGAAGUGGUUCCGCUUCCUGGGCGACCCGGAGGCCACGGAGCCGCACCCGGAGGUGCAGCACGUCUGGGGCCGCGAGAUCUUCGUGCCGCGCGUGAGCGGCCGCUGCGCCUGGUUCACCUUUGACGAGCUCAUCCGGGAGCCCAAGUCGGCCGCCGACUUCAUCGAGCUGACGCGGUCCUACGACGCCUUCGUCGUCACCGACGUCCCCGGCAUGACCAUCCGCGAGCGCGACCUCGCCCGCCGCCUCAUCACCUUCAUCGACGCCGUCUACGAGUCCCACGCCAAGCUCGUCCUCACCACCGAGAAGCCCCUGACCGAGCUGUUCACGUCCCGCGACGAGAUCGCCGAGUCGCUGCUCAGGGACUCGGGCGGUCACGACAGCGGGGGUAGCAGCGGCGCCGCCCCCGAGGUGAGCCAGGUCAUCAAGGACAUCAUGGAGGACCCCGGGAAGCAGGCCGACCGGCUCAAGGGGUCCGCGCUGUUCGCCAACGACGAGGAGGCGUUCGCCUUCUUCCGCGCGCUGUCCCGCCUCACCGAGAUGGGGAGCGUCGAGUGGGUCGAGAGGGGCAUGGGCCUCGAGAGCCGCGGCGGCAAGUCCGAGCGCGACGGCUUCCUCAAGGCCCGCUCGAGGCAGAUGGAGGAUAGCAUGUAG